CGCGUCCAUUCGGGCUGAUCAUAAGUCAGUUUGUUAGCUGAGCGGGGGUGCACUCAAAUGCGGAAAUAGUGGACGUUUGAAUCGUGCGUAAAGGAGGCGUGCCUCGCCAAAUUACGCACAGGAAAACCCUCCAGGUUUAACUAACUUAGUGACUAACUCACUAACUAACUCACUUGGCGUGGUCAAGUCCUCCUGUUGCAUGUUUCAGUGCAAAGACUGUCUGAAGUCCGGCCAGAUGUUGCACUAGAACACCAUGUUGGAAGCUCCGGAGCCAAGCCAGGAGAUCGAGCGCUGGCUCUUUACCCUCCACCUCUCCCAGUACGCGACCUGUUUCCAGCUGGGCGGCUACCGAUCUCCGGAGGACUGCGCGGACCUCACAGAUGAACGCCUCCGAGAGCUCAACGUGCUCCCGACUGGGCACCGCAGGCGCAUCCUUCGUGGUUUAGAGGCGCUGGGUGUCAUGAAGCAAAGCCAGGGAGAGGAAGCCCAGAAACCGCCGCUGUACCUGAGAAAUGUCUUCCUGGAGGAUAAAAAAAGAGGGGGUUCCUGUCAGCAUUAUCGUCUAAAAGAACGGCAGUGGUCGGAAUUACAAGGGAGUCAGACGCUGCCUCCGGGAGCUGGCCUCGGAGGGCAGACGGAAGAAGGUGGCCCCCCGCAACCGGCCCGGCGCAACCCCGAGAACGUCCGAGUGUCCGUGUUGGAAGAUCUCGGCCCCCUUGCCUCCUCCUCCUCCUCCUCCAGCAGCACAGAGUCACUGCCGACUCCUGAAAUACCCCCAGGCUGGGAGAUUUCCCCAGAAAACGCCAAUUUUGUACCGUCUCCGCGUGACGCCCCGAGCGAGGAGCAAGAGUCUUCCCAGUGCAACAUGGUGGACAACGCCAUCUACGUCGCACAGCCCACUUCCGCCGUCCCCAAAGGCCCGCGGCUGACUCGCUCUUACCGGCUGAGGCACCGACCUGUACCCGACAUCCCACAACAAGACAGGCGCGCACCACCAUUGCAAACAAGCGGGCCCGAACACCCAGCCGUCUGCGGGGGUCCCUCCGGUGAAAACUGCGCACAGAAAGCUCCACUUCACAGAACCUUGACGCCCAUCGCUCCCUACGGAGAGACCUUCCUGUACAACAGCGCUCAAAGCGUUCCGGACCAAGGUGGCAAAGAAGUGGCGCCGAAGGACAAGUUCGAAAAGAAGAAGCAGAGCCGCAGAUCCAAGGACAAUGACUCUCCUCCUGUUCCGACGAGCCCAGACCCUUACAAAGACGAAUACUCCACGGUGGAAGAGUGCGCCAGCCUUUUGCCAAGUUUGGUGCAAAGUGCGGCAGAGUACGCCGCCGUCGGCGCAGCGGCCUCCGCUCCCGUCUCUCGCUGUUCUUCCGUGGCCAUGGUGGACUGCGACGUCUACUCCAAAUCCCUCGAGACUUCUGGAGACCGUCUGCCCGAUAUUUCCCCAUACGCGUGCUUUUACGGCGCCGCAGGACCUCCAGUGCUAAAAAUGGGCUGGCUAGAUAAGCUUUCACCUCAAGGGAAGUGCGUCUUUCAACGGCGGUGGGUGCGGUUCGACGGCGAGAGCCUGGCCUACUACAACAGCGACAAGGAAAUGUACUCCAAAGGGAUGAUUCUGGCCACCGCCGUCCGAGAGGUCCGAAGUUUAGGUGACAACAAGUUUGAGGUCGUCACCUCACUUCGGACCUUCAUAUUCCGAGCAGAGAAAGAAGGGGAGCGCCGCGAGUGGAUGGAAACCCUUCAGACGGUCGCGCGGCCCUCCGCCCGCGGCUCCCACACGCGCCGCAGCCUGCGCCGCCGCUCCUCCACCAACAAGCGCGGCGUGCUGGAGGUGCGCGCCUACAAAGGCAGAGUUCUGGUGUCCCUGGCGGGGAGCAAAGUCAGGCUGUGCAAAACAGAACAGGACUACGAAGCGGGCCUGGCUAUCUGUGAAGUGGAGCUGACGGCCGCCAACAUUCGAGACGCGGACCGAAGGGUCUUUGAAAUCAACACGCCUUUCAAGAACUUUUGCUUCGUGGCCGAGUCGGAGCAGGAGAAGUUGGAGUGGAUCGAAGCGAUUCAGGAAUCCAUCGCCGAGACGCUGUGCGACUACGAGGUGGCCGACAAGAUCUGGUUCAACGAGGCCAACCGGAGCUGCGCCGACUGUCGCGCCGCGCAGCCGGAGUGGGCGUCGGUCAACCUGGGCGUGGUCAUCUGUAAGAAGUGUGCGGGGCAGCACCGCUCGCUCGGCCCCAACAUCUCCAAAGUGCGGAGCCUGAAGCUGGACAGCAGCAUCUGGAGCAAUGAGCUCGUGGAGCUCUUCUUGGAAGUGGGGAACCAGAAGACCAACGGUUUCUGGGCCGCCAAUCUCCCCCCGGAGGAAGAACUGCACGGCGGCGCUUCGGCCGAACGGCGCGCCACCUUCACCCGCAGGAAGUACCGGGAGAGGAAGUACCGACGCGUCCUCGAGGGACUUCACGACUCGGAGCGGCUCAACAAGGCGCUGUGCGCCGCCGUGGUGUCGCCCGACGUGCUGAGGACCGUGGAGCUGGUGUUCAGCGGGGCAGAUGUUAUGUGCGCCACCGGGGACCCGACCUGCACCACGCCGUACCUCCUGGCCCAACGCGCCGGCCAAAGGCUGCAGAUGGAGUUCCUGCAUCAGAACAGGCUAUUGGUUUUCCCAAGACUUGACCCGCGGUCGGAGAAGUCAUCCCCGUUCGAAGCGUCCCCCUUCAUGGACGGCUUCCUCUACAUCUCCCCGGGCCACGGCAGGACGCCUCCGGAUCGGCGCAAAGGAGACGACACGGCACGUCGCUGGUGCACGCUGGAGGGCGGCUUCUUGACGUACUACGAGAGCACGCAGAGUCCGACGCCGGUGGGCCGGGUAGCCGUCGCCGACGUGGUCAGCCUGGCCAUCAGCAACGCCGAGACGAUGACUGGAGCAGGGGCCGUGUUCACCGUGGAGGUGUACUUGCGGUCAGCGCGGUCCCUCGUCAUUGGUGCGGAGACGCAGGAAACGCGCCGUGAUUGGAUCCAGGCGCUGAUCAAGUGCUUGGUGCCACCCCAAGCAGAAGGUCUGGUGCAGAAGGACAGCGAGCUCAUUGGCCGACUCCUCUACAAGGAGGGCCACGACCUGUACCACUGGAGGACGGGCUGGUUCGUCCUGGCCGGCUCCGUCCUGCACUUUGGCUCCGGCGACGAGGAGGGAGACCAGGAAGUGCUUCAUCUCAAACAGCUGCAGGAGCUCACCGUCACCACCCACACUGAGGGCGAGGAGAAGAUCCAAGUGCUGCUGAUGGUGGAGAGCGGAAGAACCAUUUACAUCCACGGUUUCAACACGAUGGACUUUGCGCUUUGGCACUCAGCCAUCACGCAGGCCGCCGGCACCGACGGCAAAGCGCUUGGCGACCAGCAGCUCACGAAAAACGGCGUCCCCAUCGUCGUGGAGAGCUGCAUCGCGUUUGUCACUCAGUACGGUUUGUGCCAGGAGGGGGUCUACCAGCAGCCGGGCGAUCCCAACGGGGUGGCGCAGCUCCUGGAGGAGUUCACCCUGGACGCCCGGAAUGUCAAACUACGGUACAAGGAGCGCCAACUGGGGGAUGUGACGGACACUCUGAAGAGCUUCUUAUCGCAAGCGGAGGACGCCCUGUUGACCAAGGAGCUCUAUCCUUACUGGGUUUCGGCUUUGGAUGAGGAGGAUGAGAGCCUGAGAGUAAGAAAGUACUCCACCUUUAUAGAAAGUUUGCCCAAAGCCAACAGGGCAACCCUUGAUGCUUUGCUCCAACACCUUUAUAGGAUUCAGCUGUGUCGCCACCUCAACCGCAUGCCGGGUGACAAACUGGCCUCGGUCUUCUCCUCCUGCUUGUUCCAGACGCAGGGACAAACGCCGCAGGAGAUCCGCGUGGUCCACGACCUCAUCGACAACUACGUUACGCUCUUCAACGUCAAUGAAGAGCAGGUGCGACAGAUGGAGAGGGAGAAUAGUUUCAUCACGCGCUGGAAUGACAAAAAGGACACCACAUUCUCGCCAGCUGGGGACUUGAUCUUCGAGGUGUACCUGGAAAAGCGAGGGCCGGAGAAUUGCUGUUUAAUCAAGGUUUGGCCCAGCAUGCGCUCGGCGGAGCUCGCGGAGACGGCGCUGAGCAUGCGCAACGUCCCCUAUAACGCCGACGACGCGUGGACCACAUUUGAAGUCAUCGAAAAUGGAGAGUUGGAGCGGCCGUUGCACCACAGCGAGAAGAUUCUAGAGCAGGUGUUGGAAUGGAGCGCGCUGGACUACCCCAGUUCGGCUUUUCUGGUUUUGAAGAAGUUCGCGGUGGCCAAAAGAGACGCAGAAGACAAAGUGGAUCCGAAGCGGUUGGUGAAAGGCGAGCAUCUCAAGUUCAACGACGGCUGCUCCAAACUGCUCUCCGGGCACAAGUUCCAGGACAAAUACGUGGCGCUGCGUGCCCACAAGCUGCUGCUCUACAGAGAUAUCAAAACCACGAAAGCCGAGAAGGUGCUCCAUCUCAAGGCUGCCAAAUGUUACCUGGGCCUGAAGAAGAAGCUGAAGCCUCCGAGCAGCUGGGGCUUCACCGUCUACACGGGGAAACAGCAGUGGCACUUCUGCUGCGACGAGAGAGAGACGCAGGUCGGCUGGGUGACGGACAUCAUCAGCAUGAAGUUCGGCUCUGACCUCCGCUCGGACCCGGGGGACGGCGCAGUUCACGCGUCCUCCAAAAGGGGAGCCGUGGUUGACGGCAGAAAGCGCCUGCAGCAAAACUCCGCUUCAGGCAGACAGAUGUCAGACAGGAGGAUUUCCCUCGCCCUCAAGAGCAGCGCCGGCGACAGUCCAAAGCCCACGGCCCCGCGGCGCCGUUCCGUCAUGGACCCUUGCCAGCAGGGCCCGCGGGCCCCGCCCGCUUCCCGGCAAAGUAGUGUCGGGACCGCCGGCAAGAAGCCCGGCCCGGGGGGCGGGGAGGGAAAGAUGCCCCGGAAUCUGCUGAGCGAGUUGAAUUCAGUGCUGAAUAAGACGGGCCGCGGCGCCGCCGGCGCCGAGUGACGGCGGAGGAAAGGCGAGAGACCUUUUCAGACGGCGUCUUCGCUUUCCUUGCAGCUCGGUACCAUCGGAUGGCGUGAAAGUACAAAUGGAUGCAAGAUGACUUCCGAGAUCUGGACAAAAUACCCAGACUUUUUAAAAGCCCAAAGAACAUUACCUCGUUCAAGACUUCGGCUCUGUUUAGUCUUUCUGAUUUGCGUCCUGUCCAAAUAUAUAACUUUAUUCUUAAAAUAUCAUGUUUUCAAAAAAAAUCUCAAACACACGUCUUUAUUCCUGUAAGAUUACGGCUUCGCUUCUGUUUCCCUGCUUUGUGUUCCGAAGCGCCUCGUUCCAAAGUUGCGGAGAGAACUCGUUCCUUAAAAGAGGUUUGCUAAUAAAACGUUUGGUUCCGUUGAAGUACAUGUCCGCUCGCAAAUUCAUCAAUCACGUCGCAAUUACAGAAACCAUCAAGGCUAUAUUAAAAAAUGGAAUGUAACAGCAGACAAGUGUACAACGUACAUCAUCUGGAGUCGGUAGGAAUCAAUAUUCAUCUCAUAUAAUGACAGAAAAUAAUCAUUUCAUUCAAUACAAUUCAUCAUCACCUCAAACUUGGCUGUAAAGGGUUUUGCUCUGACCAUCCAAUCAGAGGAAAUCGUCACAAUUUAUUCAGUAAUUAUUGAACAGUAUAAUUUCAAGCAAGCUGCAUUUUUAUUUUACUGUUGUACUAAUGAGGUGAAGUUGAAGAAUAAAUUCCCGAAAUGGCUGAACGAAGGGGGUGCGUCCGUCUUCAAUAAUGCACACAGCUUGGUGAAAAUGCACAUGUAGGCAACUGUCACAUGGCCGUGAAUUAUUUA